AUGUUAUCAUUUCUUACACGUCUAUGUUUUAUUUACCUCAUUUUGAGUGUAACUCUGCCUGGCAAUAAUGCAUUUCGUAAUAGAGCCUAUGGAGAGAGGUCUAGUACUAAAGCCACUGGAAAAAAAGCAGCAACAGCAAACUCAGAGAUGGCAUCUUCAACAACCAAUCCCAGUAGUAUUCGCAGAGGUCUUGGUAUAUCUGCUUGGGGUCUAAUAACACUUAUUGUAUCUGCAAUAUUAGCUGUUGCUGGAAUGUACUAUUUUGCAAUUUGUUAUCCAGUGCUGUGCAAGAAAAGCAGAAAGUAUGACAUGAUUAGUUCACCAACGGUAGCCUAA